AUGGCCUACAAUCACGCUGAACCCUCACCUCAAUACCAACCUUACGACUACAGGGCUCAACCAGACGACAUGGCUCAAAGGAACACCUCGUGGGCACCAUCUCCAACUUAUGGACCGCCUAGGUCUGCUGGGGAUGCGUACUACGAAACUGCAUCAUCCCGUCUGCCCCCUCCAUCCGGCCUGAUGAACGGCAUGUCAGGCUCGCAUCCGAGACCGAUGCCACAAGAACAUCAGCCGCCGUACCAUCGCCCCGAGUAUCACCACCACCAUGAGUACCAGCAGCCCCCAUCACCAACUUAUCACCAAGCACCACCGCAGUACCAACAUUACGCACCACCUGCAAUUAGUAACGACCCGUACCGAGCACCUAUGCCGCAGCCUCAGUACUCCAAUUAUGAACCUCCCAGAGAGCCACAAAGGGCACCGCCGCCGCCUGCUGGGGAUUAUGACCCGUACCAGGAAGCAAGAGAGCAGCACAUGAUGUCGAGAAACUUGCCUCCGCAAAUGCCUGGAGCCCCGCGUGUCCCCAACAGCAAUUAUGACGGAAAGGUUGCUAUCCCAUUCACCCCUCAGAGCUUGAGGAUACCAGCGGUACGCUCUGGAUCUACUGUGCCGCCAGCUGGAGCGCCGUGGAGCGCUACUAGUCAGCCGGACAGAUCGGUCAAAAUUGAACAUCUCCUUAGCGGCGGAGCAUCACAGGCUGUGCAACACACAAUCGACCAGAAGCCUGCACCGCCCAAGAACGAGUAUGAGAUCUACUUUCGACAACAACCAGUGGCGGCGAGAUGUUGUGGAUAUGGCGAGAGAGAUCGCAGAGUCAUCGACCCGCCGCCCAUCGUCCAGCUCAGGAUCAACAACCCCGACCUUACGCCAGACGAAAUGUACCAGAGGAUCCACCACCCGGCUUACGUCGUUCACUGCAGUAUUUGGUGCAAGGAUGGAGUAAAAGACGAAACCGACAUGCCCUCGGACUACGUACGACCAGGAAAGCGGCUCAUGGGAUCCUUGGUAUCCUCUCCUUUUGUGGGACAAGACGAGAACGGCGAAGAGGGCUGCUUUUUCUGUUUCCCUGACAUGUCGGUCCGCACACCUGGCCCCUUUCGUCUGAGGUUUGCGUUAAUCGUCGUCGACCCGAUGCAUCGCUCCCCGAAGGCUCCCAUCAAGUCCACCAUCAUGAGCGACGUGUUCCAAGUUUACAACGCCAAGGAUUUUCCGGGCAUGCAAGCCAGCACACCGCUCACGAAGCGUUUGAAGGAGCAGGGUUGCCUGAUUUCUAUCAAGAAGGGCAACGAAAAGUCCGGUGGUAAGUCACGUCGUCAAGAUGACAGCGAUGAAGACGACGAAGAGGGCGGGUCGUCAAACAAGCGCAAAAAGUCAAAGAAGCAGCGGUGA